AUGAAGUCAAAAAAACUGGGCUUUUUGACUCUUAUUUCUCUUGUUGUGGUAGGAUUUGUGACCUGGUAUGUUCUGUAUAAUUUAUACUAUCUAUUUAUGAGUGAUGAAAUUGCAAAUUCAAUCUUUGAUAAGUCAAAACUCAGAGGUAAGUUCGAGGACAGCGGAAAGGUCAUAGAGGGAACGGUUUUCUUCAGUUUCCUAUACAAGUUCUUGACAACUCUUGACGAGAAAGUUAUAGGCGAUUCUUGCAUUGAAGAUGUUUACGACAAGAGUAUCCUUUCUGGGAAAGAAGAUUAUUUAAGGAAUGGACUUGAGAUGGUAACUAGGGCUCUUUUCAAAAAUAGGAACGUUGAAAAGGACUUGAAAGAAAUAUUGGAAUCAAGUAUUUCCGAUAUUGUUGCUCCAAUCAAAAGGCAUGAAGUUCAGUAUGCAGAGGAGGAGGGCAAGAAUAAUGGUGAAGAGGACCAAAAGUAUAACGAAGAUGUUACUUUAAUGGUGUCUAAGGCCUUUGUCUAUAUUCUUCUCCGGGAAAGAUUAGAUCACUCCAUGUACAAGAAAUAUCUUGAUAAGGUAAAGGACGACUUCAAUGAAAAUACAAAGGAUCACUUGAAGAAAAUUGGAAUUAGUGAAAGAAUCUAUAUUUUUGAAGGGGAAAGCAACGUAGGCAUGGAAAUAUACGAUUAUAUUCGUGUUGUAAUGUUUGCAACUAGUAAGCUCAUCCCGGAUUCCUUAACUAAAAACUAA